AUGAGAGAAGUUAUUUCAAUCCACGUAGGUCAAGCCGGUAUUCAAGUCGGUAACGCUUGUUGGGAACUCUACUGUCUCGAACAUGGUAUCCAGCCAGAUGGUCAAAUGCCAAGUGACAAGACUAUUGGAGGAGGAGAUGAUGCCUUCAACACUUUCUUCAGCGAAACUGGAGCUGGCAAACACGUUCCUCGUGCCGUCUUCUUGGAUCUUGAACCAACUGUCAUCGAUGAAGUCAGAACUGGAACCUACCGCCAACUUUUCCACCCUGAACAAUUGAUCUCAGGAAAGGAAGAUGCCGCCAACAACUUCGCCCGUGGUCACUACACCAUUGGUAAAGAAAUUGUUGACCUCUGCUUAGACAGAAUCAGAAAACUCGCUGAUAACUGCACUGGUCUCCAAGGCUUCUUAGUCUUCAACUCAGUCGGAGGUGGUACUGGCUCAGGUCUCGGCUCCCUCCUUCUUGAAAGACUUUCAGUCGAUUACGGAAAGAAAUCCAAGCUCGGUUUCACCGUCUACCCAAGCCCUCAGGUUUCAACUGCAGUCGUUGAACCAUACAACUCAGUCCUGUCAACCCACUCCCUCCUUGAACACACUGAUGUUGCAGUUAUGCUUGAUAACGAAGCUAUUUACGAUAUCUGCAGAAGACAACUCGAUAUUGAAAGACCAACUUACACCAACUUGAACAGACUCAUUGCCCAAGUCAUUUCUUCAUUGACUGCUUCCCUCAGAUUCGAUGGUGCCUUGAACGUCGAUGUCACUGAAUUCCAGACCAACCUUGUCCCAUACCCUAGAAUUCACUUCAUGCUUUCUUCAUACGCCCCAAUCAUUUCAGCUGAAAAGGCCUACCACGAACAACUCUCAGUCGCUGAAAUCACCAACUCAGCCUUCGAACCAGCCUCUAUGAUGGCUAAAUGCGACCCAAGACACGGUAAAUACAUGGCUUGCUGCAUGAUGUACAGAGGAGAUGUUGUACCAAAGGAUGUCAACGCAGCUGUCGCCACCAUUAAGACCAAGAGAACCAUCCAAUUCGUCGAUUGGUGCCCAACUGGAUUCAAAUGUGGAAUUAACUACCAACCACCAACAGUCGUACCUGGUGGAGAUUUAGCCAAAGUCAUGAGAGCUGUCUGUAUGAUCAGCAACUCAACUGCCAUUGCUGAAGUCUUCUCAAGAAUUGAUCAUAAAUUCGAUUUAAUGUACGCCAAGAGAGCCUUCGUCCACUGGUAUGUCGGUGAAGGUAUGGAAGAAGGAGAAUUCUCAGAAGCAAGAGAAGAUUUGGCCGCCCUUGAAAAAGAUUACGAAGAAGUCGGUAUUGAAACUGCUGAAGCUGAAGGAGAAGAAGAAGGAUACGGUGAGGAACUCUAA